UAUACCUUGAGGGCUAGCUCACACUACUUGCAGUGCAGUUGCUUUUUUUCUGCAUCCAAAACACACAGAAAGUAGGUUAUAUGGUUGUGAAUGUCAUAGUUCACAUCAGUGCUUGCAGUUUCAAUGUGUUCCGGGUGCAGAAAAAAAAAAUAGAACAGGCUGCAUUUUUCCUGCACAGAACUGCACUGGAACGCUCUGGAAUGCACUGGAACGCACCAAAAACGCUCUGAAAUGCAUAUGUCCCUAUUUAAAUUGAAGAAAAAGAGAUGGGGAAAAAAGAAACAAGAAAGCAUCA